CAGGUGCGCGCAGACGGGGCGACCCUAUAAAUAGGGGCGGGAGCGGCCGGGCCGGUUGCGGUGGGCUCGGCGCGAUGGAGAUCUGGAGCAGCCCCGCCGCCUACGACGAGCUGAACGGGAACGCGGAGCGGGGCGGCGGCGGCGGAGACCCCAUCACCCGGGAGCUGGAGGAAGUCCUGUGUGCUGAGCGGGUGGUCAGGAUCACGAAGACCUACCAUGACAUUGAUGCCGUCACCAACCUGCUGGAUGAGAAGGAGCGGGACCUGGAGCUGGCGGCGCGCAUCGGGCAGUCCCUGCUGAAGCAGAACCGGAGCCUGACCGAGCGCAACGAGCUCCUGGAGGAGCAGCUGGAGCUGGCCAAAGAGGAGAUCGCGCAGCUGCGCCACGAGGUCUCCAUGCGGGACGACCUGCUCCACUUCUACACCACCACGACGGAGGAGAGCGAGCCCACCACCGCCACCUCCACACCGCUGCGCCGGCAAGAGUCCUCGCUGUCCCUGCAGCAGUACUUCCAGUACGACACCUUGCAGCAGAAACUCAAGUGCCUGGAGGAGGAAAACCAGAAACUUCGCAUGGAGGCCACCAACAUUGCAGCCAAGACCUGUCAGUAUGAGGACCAGGAGCAGCAGCUGAUGAUCGACUGUGUGGAGCAGUUCUCUGAAGCAAGCCAGCAGGUUGUUUACCUCUCCGACGAGCUGGCCCGCAAGACGGAGGACACGGUGCGGCAGCAGGAGGAGAUCAGCCAGCUCCUGGCGCAGGUUGUGGACCUGCAGCAGAAGUGCCGCACGUACGGCUCGGAGGUGGAGGAGCUCCAGCAGCACCUGGCUGUGGCAAAAGAGGUGCAGCAGCAGCUCCGCAUGGAGCUGCGGGACCUGCAGGAGAAGUACGCCGAGUGCGGUGGGAUGCUGCAGGAAGCCCAGGAGGAGGUCAAGAGCCUGCGCAGCCGCAGCCUGCCCAACAGCACCGUCAGCCGCUACGGCACGCCGAGCCUCCUGCCCGUGGACUCGCUGGCGGCUGAGAUCAAGGGGAUGAUGAGGAAGGGCACAGACAGCUCCUCCUCGGACUACAAGAGCUACCUGCGUGUCUUUGAGACGGUGAAAGCGGUGAACCAGGCGGCCAAAGCCAGGUCUUGCUCCGAGUCUCCCCACAACAUGCCGGGCUCCAAGCAGUUGUCAGCCGCCCCUUCUGGCGGGGCCAGCACCCCCUGCACCAGCUGCUCCGGCUCGGAGGGUGCCCAGGGCGAGAGGGCCGGAGAGGAGUCCCGGGCAGCCCCGGGCCGGCAGGACCUGGAGGCGGCGGUGCAGCGGCUGUCGGUGCGGCAGCAGAGCCAUGCCUCGGAGGAGCGUUCCUUCUUCGAGGCGGAGCGGGAGCACAAGCUUCGGCGGCUGAGGGACGGGGAGAGCUCCAGCGGCUUCCUCACCCCCAACGAGAGCAUCGUCUCCACCGGGACCACCUACUCGGGGAGCUCGGAGCUCACCGCUGGCUCCGGCUUCUCCCUCUGCUCCCUCACCUACCUGCCUGACAAGCUGCAGAUCGUGAAGCCCCUGGAAGGCUCUGUGACACUCCACCACUGGCAGCAGCUGGCACGGCCCAACCUGGGUGGGAUCCUGGUGCCCCGUCCCGGGGUGCUUACCAAAGACUUCAGGCAGCUGGACAUUGACCUGGAGGAGGUCUACAGCCUCAACGACCUGGAGGAGGAUGACGUGGACACCAGCUCCUUCCAGCUGCUCCCUACCUCUAUGCCCGCCAAAGCCAAGGAGCGCCCCGGGGUGUUCCUCUCUGUUAACAACCUCCCCCAGACCCCAUCUACCUUCACCAUCACCACCUGCCACAUCCUCCACCCCACCACUGAGAUCACUACGGUGACACCCAGUCUGUAUAACGCCGUCGUGCCUUCUUGUGGGCCCUUUGAGGGGCUGAGCCUUGCCAGCCCCUCGCCGGAGCCGUCUUCUCCCAUGCUGGCACCUGGUCCCGGACCCCUGAGCAUGCCUGUGGGACUCAUCAGGCUCUUGCUGGCGCGGGGCAUCUCUGCCUCGGUGCCAGGGACUGGGUCAUGGUGGGCCCCCCUGCUCCCCUCCCAGGACCCCCAGCAUGCUGACACCCUGCCCUUCCCUGCGCCCGGGGGGCAGGACGGACCCCCGCUCAGGAGCAGCAUCUUCAGCUUGAACCUGGUGGAGAAGCUGCGGCGCCUGGGGCUGGACAAGGUGGUGGCCAGAGGGGAGAUGUCUUAUGCCCGAGGAGAGUGCAGGGGAGCCCGGGAUGCGCUGACGUGACGGUGCUGCGGAGCCCACAAGCCCAGGACGAGACGUGUCCUCUUCAUCGCCCAUCCAUGGGGAAAUGGAGAUGGGACAGGCUUUCAGCCUCUGCUCCAGGACCUGGCAGCAGGCCCAGCACCGGCUCAGAGGGGUUUUGCCCUGGCUGCAAGGACACAACCCUGCGGUACCAUGUGGCCCCAGCAUGAUGCUCCCCCGGCCCCGUGCUAUGCUGCGGCAGGGUCCUGUGUGUGGGGUGAUGCAGCUGGGGAGAGCCAGCUCCGGGCAGGGGGUGCUGGCUGACCCUGUCCCACGCUGUGGGGGUACGGAGCCUUCGCAGGAGCUGGUUGUUGGCAAUAAAAACUGUUCUUGCUUCUGCUGAGCCUGUCCGAGGAGCAGCUCGGCCCUGUGGGGCUGUCUGGGCUGCUGCAGCGAAGGGUGAUGCUCAGUCUGGGCUCAGGUGGUCUUGGGGGGAUGACACCCACCUGUGCCAGGGUGAGACCUCCCACACUGGGCUGGGCUCCUGGCCAGCAUCUGGGCUGACUUUGAAAGGGAAUGUUGGUUUUAAACUCUUUCCUGCCCAUCGAAUAGCAGUAGCAGCAGCACUCCCCAGCACGGGGACUCCUGGUGCGGGUGUUUCUCGGGGUGUAGUUGUUGCUCCCACCGACUGCGUCCCUCGCCCCAGGCUGUGCCCUGUUCCUUGUCAAAUAAAUGUGAAGUCACGAAGCA